GUUAGCUAUACUGUAGUUCUAGUUAAAUACUAUAGGAACCAACCCGGUGGACUCAAACACCGGAGUAAAUCCUGGUGAAAUGUUUUUAUAAAAUAGAUUUGAAAAAGAUGGGUCUGGUCCCUUGUAUAGCAGUAUCUAUUGGAUACAUCCUCCUCAUCCUCUUCCUAGCUGAGGCUGCCAGGAGGCUGGUCGCACCCUUGAACCCUGGCCUCGUUAAGAUCGGCCUCCAUGAGGCUAUUGCAUCAGCUGAACUGUGUGGAGCUUGUUUUGAGCUCAUUAUCAUUGCUGACAACUAUGGUCUGAUUGCGUAUGCUGUUGUCCUGUUCUUGUUAACCAUCUGGUGGUCAGACCACUGGGGAGAUGCAACCGCUUGUCCUUACAACCACUUCGAGGAGUGGUACAAGGGGGCUCUUACUAGGCAAGAAACCAUUGUCAGAACUGUCGCUGAGAUAAUUGGUGGAGUUGGAGUUUUUAGAUUAAUACAGAUCCUCUGGUCAUUGGAAAUCGCUGAGACCCAUGUUGGGCGGUCCCACUCCGCCAUUUAUAACGUCUGUACCGCCGAUCUAACGGUCCCUGUUCUCCACGGCGCUAUUAUUGAAGGAGUAGCAACUAUGAUCUGCCGAUUGGGGUCCCGUCUCAUCGCUCAAAGGGAACCCAAAUACGCUACCGCGAUCGACAGCUUUGUAGCGACGGCGAUGGUGUGCGCCGCUUUCACGACGAGCGGUGGAUACUUGAACCCUGUUCUUGCAACAUCGCUCAAGUUUGGGUGCAAAGGACAUACACCUAUGGAACAUUUUGUUGUUUACUGGAUCGGAGCUUCACUUGGAUCUAUUGGUUCUCUUCUGGUUUGGCCUCACGUGGAGGAAGCCCUGGCUGUUAAAGAAAAAGCUGAAUAAAUAUUUUUCUUGAUAUUAAAAUUCCCUCAUCAGCCAUCACUAUUUACCAAAAUAUUUUGAACAUUUAAAUAUUCACAUAAAUUUUUAAAUCUUCUUAAAGCAAAGCUAUUAUUCUCGCCAAUCUCAACUUGUUGGCUUUCUAGAAAUCAAGCUUUCAAUUAUAACUUACUCCGUCUUUAUGAAAAAAAUAUUAGGCAUAAACUGUACAAAUGUUUAUAAAUUGACUUAAAUUAUUAGCUAAUUAAUUUUAAAAACUAUUGAAAUUCAUUAUUUCAUUAAUGUUACGUGCUUCCCAAAGAAGUUCCUCUCCCCCAGCCCCUGCUCAUAUUAGUUUAGGAAGAUUUGACCAGAAAACAUUGUUUUUACAAUUUAUCAUUUUUACCCCCUUCCCAUUUCAUUAGACCAGUGUGUUUUUUCUUCCUUAAAUCAUAUUAAAUAUAUAUUUAUUAAAAAAAA